AUGUCGGAACUACCCCUCCAAAUACCAACCCUGGGUCGCGACACAGUACCGCGGACCAUGCCGCGCGACGCGCCUCUCACCGCUCCGGAUGCGGACGCAGUCCCGGCCACGUCGAUCAAGGGAGACGACCGAGCCGAAGCAACCCCCGACGCCGAGGCCGUGGCCUCUUACCAGAUUUCCCUGCCUAUUCGGACACGGCAGCCGCCCUGGGAAGCGAAGAAGCGUGCGGGUGGCUCUGCGGGGCCGUUCUUCGAGGUCCUCUCAUCCGACCUCCGCUACCAGAUUUACCAGCUGGCUUUUGGCCGCAAGAUUCUACACCUGUACUUACUGUAUCGCCGCAGCCUCCAGCCAGAUGUGAGAUGGAGGAAAGGCCAUCAGCCUGUGCCGGCUUGGUACCCCCAUUCACCGAGCGUGUCGCCUAUGGAUCCGCCUUUUGCCGAUGCGAGUAUGACGCCGCAGUGGUACUGGUGGAGCUGCGUGUGCGGCCCCGAGGACCGCAAGCUCGAGACCAAACUGUCUGAUCAGUGCCCUAGAGGGUUCUACCAGACGUGUGGUCCUAAGGAGACAUAUCUGGGUAUACUCCCGUGGCUGCUGACAUGCCGAAGAGCCUACGAAGAGACGAUACAGGUCUUGUACGCGAGCAACACAUUCAAGUUCGAGCAGAGGCUUGAGGCUAUGUAUUUUCCGUACGCCAUCGCUACGCCGCACCUCACUUGGAUCACAUCGCUAGAGAUACGCAUACCGGAUCGUGAUGAGUCCCUUGUCGACAAAUCGUUAGACAAGUCCCCGCGGCCAUCACCUGGAGCACCCACAAUCACUGAGCUUCGCGCACUGAGCCCCCGAGAUCAGUAUCUGAACAUUAUCAAAACCAUCGCGCCAAACUUCCCUGCCCUCCGUCGGUUACACAUUUCGUUUGAGGGCUCCGUUCGUAGGGUCCCGGUUCCUCGACCAAAUGUGACAACGCUCCUCAUCUCCACUCUCGGUGAGGUGGACACGGACGAGCUGGAGUCUCUCAUCCUAGGUCCCAUUGACGCGAUGCCAGUGGAGAUUGAGAAGCAGGUUCUGUUUUAUCAAUCACUCUACACAGCACUUCUCACAGCAGAGAGCCAGAAGAGCGAGGGCGAGGUCAAGGAGGUGGAGUACCUGCGGAGCGACGGUCGCCCUGGAUGGACCAAGUUCUGGCGGUCGUUAGACUCAGCAGAGGGGAGCAAGACUGGAUACUGGGUUUGCAAGCAUGGCUGA